AACAGAGAGAGAGAGAGAGAGAGAGAGAUCCAAGGACAGACGGCACUGAGGGGAAGGGAAAACACACACUCUCUCUGUCACACCUACCCCACAGCCUCACACAGCCUCUGUAUGAGACAGAACAGAUCUUGACAUUGUGAGGAAGAUGCAUGUCUACAUCAGAGGAGCAUCCAGAACAGGACAAUAGCUCCCAAAGCUGCAGAGACAGAUACAUGCCAGGGACUACAAACACACAAAGAGAGAGAGAGAGAGAGAGAGAGAGAGAGAGAGAGAGAGAGAGAGAGAGAGAGCACAGAAAGCCCAGAGGGAAGGACAGCAGCAUUUCAGAGAGGGCAGCACAAGGUGGAAGAGGCAGCAAUUGCAGGUUUAUUCUGUUGGACUUAAACAUCCAUCCUUAAACAGCUGCCUUUUGGGGUUUCUCCCUCUCUUUGCACGCAGACAUCCACUCUGUCUCUUGCCGUCUGCAGAGAGCUCCCACCGCUGCUGCUGCUGCGAGGUUACAGUCUCCGUGCUUCUGUGCACAGCACCAGAAAAGACUGCUGCUUGUAGUCCGAGACCAUGAGUGAGGCGAAGAAAGGUGAGCUAGCCAUCCGGGAUAAAGCCAUCCUGCACCAGCAGAGGCGUCUGAAGCAGAACACCCAGUUCACACACAAGGACUCAGCUGACCUCCUGCCCCUGGAUGGGCUGAAGAGACUGGGCACAUCCAAAGACUUGCAACCUCACAGCAUCGUCCAGCGCCGCCUGAUGGAGGGAAACAUCACGCGGCUGCGAGGUGAGGCCCGGGACCAAAGCACCAGGGUCCGCUCCCCGUUGGCCGACAACAAGGACGGGCCUGCUGACGCUGAGGAGAGGAGUGAGAGCACAGCUGACGACUCCACGGAGGAGAGGGAGUCUCUGGAGGAAAGCGAGAGGAGCCUACGGUCGGACGAAGAGGACGACAGCAGCGAAGCCGGAGCCAGACAGACAGCUGAGAAGGCCGAGAGCACGGAGAGCUCCACCCUCCUCACAGCUCUGGUUGUUCAAUGCAAGUGCUGCGAGACUGAAGUCAAGGCAUCCAUCAACACUGGCAGCCAACAUAACCACAUCUCCACCUCCUGCUGCCAGAGGCUGGGACUGGUGCCCAGUCAGGACAGUUCACCAUGUGGUGUGAGCAGCUCAGUGACAGGUCUGCAGCUGCAGUUGGGCAGACAGACGGUCCAGUGUUCAGCCUAUGUCCAAGAGGAUGAGACGUUUGAGCUGUGCCUGGGUCUUCAGACUCUGUUGGAACUCAAAUGCUGCCUGGACCUGAGCAGUCAGGUCCUGAAGCUGCAGGACUGCAGCGAGGAGCUGCCCUUCCUGAACCCCUCGACCGACAGCCAGUGCCAACACGACACCAACGAGAACCUGUGAGCCCGACUCGACGGCGGCGACCGCUUCCUAAAAAUCUCCCACUGUUUGCGGGAACGUGGCGUGAUGCCAAAUGUGUCUGGACUGUCCGAUCACAGUGUCUCACACUGCCAGAACAUGGAUGAGCAUUCGCCACCGUCGUUCUUGAGUUUACAUCAUUGUGUUUGUAGAAUUAAGACAUUCACCAUGAUUAUCUCUUAUAUUAAAUUAGUCUAGUUCAGAGAGCGGAUGAAAGCCAGUUAUGAGCCGAUCCGAUCUGUGAGUUCAAUCAUUCUUUAUGAUUAUACUGUAUAUUCAAACCAAUUCCUCUGUUGAGCUGCUUGGGUAAACUGACGCUCUCUUAAAAGGGAAAACCAUUAUAAUCAUUUAAAGUGAACUUUGGUGGAAUAUUUUGUGAUUUGGCUGUACAAAAGUUACUUUAAAUCAUCAAGUAAAUGAAGAAAAUGUUAAUUGUAAACUUAAAUCAUUUCAGUUUAGACGAUGUUAAAGGAACAGUCUUAGAUUUUGGGACAUAUGUUAGUUCAUUUUCUUACCAGGUUAUAUGAAAAGACACCACACUCAUGUCUGUACGGUAAAUAUGAAGCCAGCAGCUAGUCAGCUCAGCUUAGCAUAAAGACUGGAACUGGGGAAUCAGCUAACCUGGCUCUGUUCAAAGGUAACAAAAUCCGCCUAGAGGCACCUCUAAAGCUCACUAAUUAACAUCUCUGUUUAAUCCAUACAAACACUCAAACGUAAAAACAUCAAGUAGCUUGACUUUUUUCCAUUUCAGUGUUUCCAUGGAUUAAACCUGCAUCGUGUUCUUAAUGUGUUAAUUGAAAUUGAUUUUAAAAUGCAUGUUACUUAACAAAGUUUUCACAAUAUUGAACUAUCUGAUACAGUGAGCUAUUUCACUAUAUCUGUUACUUUCAGCCUACUAUUUCAACAGUUGAUCCAUUCAUUUCAACUGUUUGCUCUUUACUUUUAGAUUGCUAUUUCAAGUGUUUAUCCGUUACUAUCUAACUGAAUGGCUAAUCCAUUACUUUUAGCUUUUUCCCCUUUUAUCCAUUCAAUUUAACUAACUGCUCAUUACCUUUAGCUAUUUCAACUAUUUAUCCAUUAGGCUUACUUUUAGUUAACUUGUUCAACUUGUCUUUACUUUUAGUUAACUGAACUGUUAAUUCAUGACUUUCAGCUGCCUUUUUCAAUCAUUUACCUAUUACAUUUAGCUGUUUCACUGUGUAUCCAUUAGCUAACCAUUUCAGCUGUUUAUCCAUUACUUUUAGCUAAUUACUUCAAAUAUUUAUCUGAAUACUGUUAGUUAUUUCACCAUUUAUCUAUUCAUUUGAACCAUUUCAGCUGUUUAACAUAACAUGGUAAUUUCUGAGCUUUAGAGGUAGUGGGAGAUGGUUAUGAGAGUGGUAUCGAUCAUAUCAACACUCUCAUCAAGAAUGUGAAUAAGCAUAUUUCACAAAAUGUCAAAGUAUUUCUUUAAAAAUCAACAUGACUCAUCUAAAAAGUGUCGGUACUCAGGAUGCCCUUUCCAGUGCGCUUAAAGGAAAUUUUGAGAAGCCUUGAAGUUUUUUUUUGAAGCCUUGUGUUAAUUAGGUUUGGAUCAGGCUACCUCUUUAAGGACGGGUUCUCAUCUAGAAUUUUAAGAGAGAUCUGAGGUAAACACCGCAGUUUCUGACGUACUUUUAUUCAGCUUUGUAAAGCCCCUCUGCUCUUUCUUCCCCCAUCAGAGGACUGAUGUGGUUAGGUUUUCCAGGAGCACACGACCAGUCUGUCACGAUAACCUAGACUGAAUUACAGUAGUUCCCUAUAAGUCCCUUCUAAUAAAAAUAGACUUCAGGCCAGCCAGCAAAACACAUUUGAGUCAGACUACAGAAAUAUCAAAACAUUCCAUCUGCAUGACUUUGUAAAGUUCUGCCUUUGUAUAAGUCUGCAUGUUUGUGUACUAGUCUGAUUGUGUCACGUUGAAAGUCUGAAGGGGCUGUAUGUGUGUGUGUUUACGUGUGCAUGUGUGUGUGUGUGUUAGGAGUCGAAGCAGGGUUUUUCUACCCUGUUUCGGCUUGUGUGUCACAUGGGAAAAAGUGGAACAAGUCCUAUCUUCCCUCCAAACCGGUCCGCCGAGCUCCGGUCAGAAAAAGCUGCCAAAAGCCGACCCCAGCUGCCUUCCCUCCCUGCCUCUUUCGGGAGAUUUUCAUCACUCGGCUGAGGCUGCACUCUGUGCCAAGGCCCCUCUUCAAACUCAUCUUUCUCUUUAUUCAGAGGACCGGUCUUCUUUGUGUAUUUACCACCUUUUUUGGCUGACGUUACUCACUUUGAUGCAUCAUGUUUGCUGAUUUGCCUCUCACAAGAGAACGAAAAGUAACUCCCCACUACAGUGCCACCUGCCUCUCUCGUCUCUCAGUGUUUUCAUAGUGUGGAGAAUCAAGAACUGCCUCAGAUCAUGCUCUGCUUUAACAACACCUGAGCCGUGCCGUGCUUUUGACUGUGCUACAGUAUCCAUCUGACCUCUCCGCGGAGGUCAUCCACGCGUAGAUUGGCAAUGUUUGUUUCUUUUUGAUGUACUAGUGACCUUCCUAUGCUGUAUGAGAGGAAAUUAUGUAUGACAGAAAUUUAUUUUUGGUGUUUCUCUUCUUCUGAACAGUAUUUUCUCUGCCUAAUAAAAUAUGUAUUCUGGCUA